UGGGUUUGUAGCACCAAUGCAAACUGUUACUCACCACUGUGACCACCAGAGUGCAGCAUUUUCUUUAUUAUCGCUUUUGACAGUUCUUAUACAACUCAGUUGACCAAACCUUAACACACAUGUAUUUUCUUAACGUGCGUGUGUGUGUGUGUGUGUGUGUGUGUGUGUGUGUGUGUGUGUUUGGGUGUGUGGGAAAUUCAAAAGAACUUUCAAAGUGAGAAAGACAGAGACAGAUGAGUGACCACAUGUUCUCUCUGGCUCUGUGGACCUAUGCCAACUUCAAAAUGACCUAUAACAAAAUCAGCCUCUCUCUCCCUCCUUUACUCUCUCUCUCUCCCUCUCUCUCUCUCUCCCUCUCUCUCUCUCUGUCUCUCCCUCUUGGUGGGCACAACUCUGUGCCUCCGCCUCAACUUCCAUCUCACCAACUUUCAGCGACACAAUGUCUUGAACCUGCGCUGAGCUCAGAUACCUGUGCUCUCAGGGAGCUGAUGUGAAGGUAAGAGCGUCAGACAGCGAGAGGAGGGGUUAGAUAAGGCAAGAAUGCAAAACUAGAUGGAUCAAAUGAAAAGAAAACGCACAGACUGGUGAGGAGGGCUGUUAAAAUAACACACUCACAGAGGAGCCAGGGAGAAAAGUGGGACUCUGCAGAACAAGGGAUUAACUACAGCAGAAAGGAGUGACAGAGGCCCUGGUAAGAUGCUUUUAUUUUUUUCCCUGAGCAGUCAGGGGGCUGGAAAAUGACUUGUUUGACUGUAAUAACUUCCUCAACUGAAAGCUGAAUGCUCUCCCUGUGUAAUUCAACCCUCUGUUUCCUCUCUAAUGGAAAAUUAUUGUUUUGACUCAAUGAGGUGCAUUGUUUCCUGUUACAUUAUGGGAAACGCCUGGAAAUAGAAUUACAGACGGUAAAUGACACGGCUGAAGAAAGAGGAAAGAAAAUGAGGAGAAAGAAAUGCGCAUCUAUUAACUCAAAUGCAUUGAGUCCUUUAGGGUUGUUUAUUUCUCAUAUUUUAAGUUCCAAUUCCAAUUCCAAGUGUUUGGCAUCGAGAAAUGAUGACGCUGAUCUGAUUCAAAGAUAAGAAUGAUAUAAGUCCAGUGUUUUCUUCCUGAAGGAAAAUCUGUCAAUUUCCAGUCGUCGCCCUUUGGAUGUGUCAACCAUGACCCCGACUUUGACAUCUGCCCUCUUUCUGCUCCUCAGUCUUCAUGCUUUUGCAGCCAUGGGAGGCAGAGCCCAGCGCCGACAGAGACAAGCUGAGGAGAGCCUAAGACCAUAUAUCGGCAGAGUGGAGCCAGAAAAGCUAUGUCAGUUGCUGAAAUGCCACAGUCCAGUAGGAUCUUGGUGCCAAGUGGUCGAGGAAGACGGAGUCUUGGUCCCCAAGUGUGUUUGUCCUCAGUCCUGUCCACGGCAGAGGGCACCAGUGUGCAGUGUUCUGGGAAAAACCUACAAGAACGAGUGUGUGCUGCACAAGGCUGCCUGCAGGAAGAGACGCCGCACUGGCCUGGCUCACACAGGCCCCUGUCUGGUCCCAAAUGAUAAAUGCACUGAGGACGAGCUGGGCCAGUUUCCAUAUCGUCUGCUGGACUGGUUUCUGCUCCUGAGUCGAAUGGGAGAGUCCUACGCACCUGCUGCCCCGCCUCAGACCUGCCUCAGCCACGCCCAGAGGACACAACUGGCACAGAAAAGAUUUGCUCUUCUGGACAAGAACAAAGACGGCACGUUGAGCCGCAGGGACCUGAGGAAGCUGCGUUACAAGAGGAUGCCGCUGGAGCACUGUGCCACGCCAUUCUUUCAGUCAUGUGACCAGAACAAGAACAGGAAGGUGACCCUGCGGGAGUGGUCGGCCUGUCUGGUGGAUCGCUCCGAGGCCUGGUUCUUCAAUUUCAUGGCAGUGAGAAUGGGUUCCCGCAAACUGUGUCCUACGAUGAAAGAGCACAACUUCUAACCUGAGAAAAUCAAUCCCUGCAUCUCUACCGUGCCUUAACAUCAUCAACCUUACCUGAUUAAAAAAAGGACAUAUCUGCACACGAGGGUCACUCAACUGUGUCACUCUGCAUUUGUAAUACACUCAUUUAUCACGUCUCACAGUCUGCUGCUUGUGUGCACAUUCAUGUGUGAGCUCAAAUAAAUGUCUGGACACCCUGA